UUUUAGGCGCGACCAGUCUCACUUUUCAUUCCCGCCUCUUCGAAUCCUGAGAGAUAGGCAAGACUGGAGUAAUGCGAAGCAGAGGCAGUUCCAAGCGAAACAGACGUGCCUUAGCGUCAGGAGUGCUGGCUGAGACAUCCCGGGAGGCUGGGGGCAAACUCACAAGCUGUGCCGAUAAAGUUGGAUCUUCUGUGAAAGAGACAGAUGACAGUGAUCUUCAUUUAAAUCAUUCAGUUGGGGUGCCGCAGUCUGAGUCAGAAAGAAAUGAAUGUCAAGCCUUGGAACCAGUUCUUCCACCAAAUACUUUAGAGACUGGACAUUGUAGUAGAAAUGUUAUGAGAAAUGCUUCUCUCAAAGAGAAAUGUGAUGAUGUAAGUUUAGACAAAAGCCACUUGAACAACAAGGAAGAAAUGGAUGACUCAGAUUGGGAAGAGGGUUCAAUUGCAGCACAUGAUCAUCCUAUGACUAUUGAAUUGAAUGUGACCCCUGAUUUAUCUACGCAGAAACAAAUUCGCCGUGCUUCAGCCCAGGAUAAGGGCUUUGCUGAGCUUGUGCACAAGGUUCAUUUGCUUUGUUUACUUUCUCGUGGAAGAUUAAUUGACAGAAUCUGUGAUGAUCCUCUUAUUCAGGCCUCAUUGCUUUCUCUACUUCCUGCACACUUGCUUCAGCUAUCAAAUGUCACCAAGCUCACUUCAAAAGCUUUACAUCCUUUAGUUGCAUGGUUUCAUAAUAAUUUUCGUGUUAGAAAGUUCACAAGUGCAGAAAUGUCAUUUCGUUCUGCUUUGGCAGCUGCUCUUGAAGCACGUGAGGGUAGUUUUGAGGAGAUUGCUGCAUUAUCAGUGGCCCUAUUUAGAGCUUUGAAUCUUACGACAAGGUUUGUCUCCAUUUUGGAUGUUGCCUCUCUUAAACCAGGUCAAUCCGUUAGAUCUGAUGCAAGUGGAUCUAGCAAGGGGAUAUUUAAUGCUUCAACAGUGAUGGUAUCCAGGCCUGAAGAGGACUGUAGGCCCCCUAAAAAUUUGUUUGCUUGCUAUGUGAGGGAAAAUUCCAGUGAAAUUUCUCUUGGGCAAUCAUAUGAAAGGAAGGAACGCCACUCUACAAGCCAUGUGAUAGAAUCCAGGAAUCCCGCUUUUGCUGAUGAGUUGAAUUGUAAUUUGUCAAACUCACAAGAUCCUGAGACAGAACAUAAUCACUCCGAAUGUCUCUCCAACAAGACUGGUAAAUCGAAGAGGAAAGGAGAUCUUGAGUUUGAAAUGCAGUUGGAAAUGGCUCUUUCAGCUACAGCAAUUAGGGAUGAGGAGAACAAAAAGGAGUCAUGUUCAAGAAUCUUGAAUACUAAUUCAGAAAAUUUUAACAGUGCAUCAAAAAGAGUCAAAAGGAUUAUAAGUGAUGAAUCUUUAGCUUUCCCCAAGGAAAUCUCUACAGCAGUUGGGCCAAUGAAAUUUGAAUCUCCUCUGUAUUGGGCAGAAGUAUAUUGCAAUGGAGAGAAUUUGACAGGAAAGUGGGUUCAUAUCGAUGCUGUCAAUUUGAUUGUUGAUGGAGAACACAAAGUUGAAUCCAUGGUUGCUGCAUGUAAAACAUCUUUGAGAUAUGUUCUUGCUUUUGCGGGGCAGGGAGCCAAAGAUGUGACCCGCAGGUACUGUAUGAAAUGGCACAAGAUUGCAUCACAACGAGUUAGUUCAGUGUGGUGGGAUUCAGUUUUGGCUCCACUGAGAGAGUUAGAAUCUGAGGCCACUGGAGGAGGGGUUCAUUUGGAAACAAACCAAGCUAUGUCUGCAGAAUCCAGCAAGAGUAAUUCUUUUGUCCCUACUCGAAGCUCCCUUGAGGAUGUUGAAUUUCAGACUAGGGCAUUAACUGAGCCUCUUCCUACUAAUCAGCAGGCUUACAGAAGUCACCCACUUUAUGCAAUAGAGAAAUGGCUUACGAAGUAUCAGGUUCUUCAUCCAAAGGGCCCAAUUCUUGGCUUUUGUUCAGGCCUCCCAGUUUACCCAAGGACUUGUGUGCAGACGAUUAAGACAAAAGGGAGGUGGCUUCGGGAAGGGCUGCAAGUUAAAGCCAGCGAACAUCCUGCAAAGGUCCUUAAAUCUUCUGUAAGACUUGACAAAGUACAAGAUUCUGAAGCGGAUUACUAUGAUUGCAGUGAUUCUAAGGAAAAUAUUGAACUCUAUGGGAAGUGGCAACUGGAACCUCUUAAUCUGCCUCACGCCGUAAAUGGGAUAGUUCCUAAGAAUGAGCGUGGUCAGGUUGAAGUUUGGUCCGAGAAAUGCCUUCCUCCAGGGACUGUGCACUUGAGGUUUCCAAAGGCAUUUGCUGUUGCAAAGAAGCUAGAGAUUGAUUAUGCGCCUGCCAUGGUUGGUUUUGAAUUUAAAAAUGGUCGUUCGCAUCCUGUCUUUGAUGGUAUUGUGGUAUGUGCUGAAUUCAAGGAUGUCCUUCUAGAGGCACAUGCUGAGGAGGAGGAAAGAAGACGGGCUGAAGAGAAGAAAAGGGAUGAAACGAGAGCUCUUUCUCGAUGGUACCAGCUUCUUUCUUCAAUUGUGACUCGUCAGCGGUUAAAUAAUCGCUAUAAUAGCAGGUUUCCAUCAGAGACAUCAACUGAUAACCGCCAAGCCAGAGACAAUAAAGAAAUGAAAGCCAUGGUUAGUGGCAAUUAUGAGGAGAACAGUCCUGAAUGUCAUACUGCUUGUGCGGUUGAAGUUCCAUCCAAGACAGAAGCAAGUGAGCAUGAGCAUGUGUUUCUGAAAGAGUGCGAGAGCUUUGAUGAGGAAAGCUCCUUGCUUACUAAGCGAUGCCAAUGUGGAUUUUCUGUCCAGGUAGAACAACUGUAGCAAAUUUGUCAUGAGAAGAACAAGAAUUGCUUUUCAAGCCUUGUAUCUCUGCACAGAUUUUGGUGUAGUUCUGAGUUAUGUUCUAUUAGAUUUUUCAAUCAAAAUAUCAAAUCAAAAACCAACGGCACUUG